AUGUAUCGUGGUCGACCUUCACCUUAUCCUAAUCCUCAACAAUACAUGCAGUCAAAACAACGGCAGCAAGGCCAAUAUCCGAAUGAAGAUGAAUUAAGAUUAACGUUUCCAGUUCGGGAUGGUGUAGUGCUAGCUCCAUUCAGACUAGAACAUAAUUUGGCUGUCAGUAACCACGCAUUUCAUCUCAGGGACUCUGUUUACCAGACCUUAAUGUGGAGGUCUGAUUUAGAGUUGCAAUUAAAAUGUUUUCAUCAUGAAGAUCGUCAAAUGAGCACAAACUGGCCAGCAUCAGUGACAGUUAGUGUGAAUGCCACGCCUCUAGUUAUCGAACGUGGUGAAAAUAAAUCGUCUCAUAAACCCCUGUAUCUUAAAGAAGUAUGUGCCCCUGGUAGAAAUACUAUACAAAUCACUGUUACUGCUUGUUGUUGUUCUCAUUUAUUUGUUUUACAAUUGGUUCAUCGACCAAGUAUAAGAUCUGUGUUACAAGGAUUAUUACGGAAGCGUUUAUUACCAGCAGAACAUUGUAUCACUAAAAUCAAAAGAAAUUUUACACAAGUGCCAACAGCGAACUCAUUAAAUGGUGGAGAUGAUGGGGUAGAACAAACCGCUAUUAAAGUGUCUCUAAAAUGUCCAAUAACAUAUCGACGUAUCUCUUUACCUGCUAGAGGUCAUGAUUGUAAACACAUACAGUGUUUUGAUCUAGACUCCUAUCUACAGCUCAAUUGUGAAAGAGGAACAUGGCGCUGUCCAGUUUGCAAUAAAACAGCACUGCUGGAAGGUCUGGAAAUAGAUCAAUAUAUAUGGGGUAUACUCAGUAAUUUAAAUAAUACAGAAUUUGAAGAAAUAACAAUGGAUCAAUCAGCCAGUUGGAAACCUGUUCCUAUUAAAUCAUUAAUUAAGGAAGAGGAAAAUAGUGAGUAUUCUACAUACUACUGUUAUUAA